GAAGAAUGGCAGCUAAUACCUGCUGCAGGUCAAUCUUGAUCCCUUCUGUCAUCUCUCUUGUGCUGCUGCUUCUGCUCGCUGCUACCGCUCCUGCCAUCUCCUCAUCAGAAGGAAGAACCCUUCUUGAGAGGCUCAACAAGCGUUCUAUGAAGACAAUACGGAGCCCAGAUGGCGAUCUCAUAGACUGCGUUCCCUCGCAUCUCCAACCAGCUUUUGAUCACCCCAUGCUGAAAGGAUCAAAGCCUUUGGAUCCACCGGCGAGACCCAGAUGCCACACCGACGAUGGUAUGGCCGACGACGUCGUCCAGCUAUGGACAACCUCCGGAGAGACGUGCCCGGAAGGAACGGUUCCGAUCAGAAGAACUAAGGAAGAAGACAUACUUCGCAUAGAGAGGUUCGGCAGGAAGCCAUUCGCGGGAGCAUCGCAAAGGACCAACCUCAGUGACCACGAGCACUCGUACGGGUCUGUUAAGGGAGAACAAUACUACGGUGCACAAGCAUUGUUCAAUGUUUGGGCUCCUCGAGUGGCCAACCGCGGUGAGUUCAGCUUAUCGCAAUUAUGGAUCAUCUCAGGAAAUUUUGGCACGGAUCUGAACACUGUCGAAGCAGGGUGGCAGGUGUAUCCUGAGCUGUAUGGAGAUAUACUCCCGAGGUUCUUCGUUUAUUGGACGAACGAUUCAUAUCAAAACACAGGCUGCUACAACCUCUACUGCUCGGGCUUCGUCCAGACCAGCAGCAGUGUCGCUGUAGGAGCAGUUAUCACUACAACAUCGACGUAUAACGAUACUAAUCUGCAGCAUGCGAUCAGAAUCACGGUGUGGAAGGAUCAAAAGACUGGGAACUGGUGGCUGCAGCAGGGAUCAACAGUUGUGGGAUACUGGCCAAGGUUCUUGUUCAGCAACCUUGCAAUCAGUGCAACCAUCGUGGAAUUUGGUGGGGAGAUCAUCAACACCCGUCCUUCCGGCUUCCACACCACAACCCAGAUGGGCAGCGGACACUUCGCGGAAGAAGGCUUCGGCAGAGCUGCCUACAUCAGCAGCAUACGAGUCGCGGAUCGGUACAAUACACUGAUCCCGGCGAGAAACCUCAGGUACAACGCCGAAGCUCCGAACUGUUACGACAUAAAAGGCGGCGUCGACAAUUCAGGGGAGGGCUACUUCUACUUUGGAGGUCCAGGAAGAAACGCUAGAUGCCCAUGAGCGACUAGAAGAGCUUCUCUCUCUAAGCCACUCGUCAUCUUCGUGU